AUGUUGUAAACUCUAUUUAUUGUCGUUUUGCUCUUUUUGCUUCUAACUUUUGCAGGAUUAUAUUUGAGAAAAUAUUUUAGAAACAAACCUGUGACAAUCUAAAAUUAAGGUUAAGGAGAGAUAAAUUCUGAUUAUCCAAUUAGUUUCCCGAAUCAAGUAGUUUAAUCUGAUUCUAAAGAAAAAUCAAAUCAGAAGUAAAAUAUUAAAAUGAAAGUUUCUAAGACUACUGCUACAAUCAGCAAAAAUAAAAAAUAGAAGCCAAGAAAAGUUAAACAGUAAGAAAUGGAGGCUGCAUUUUAAUUUGAUGCUGAUAGUGAAAAUGAAAAUGAUAGCAUUAGAAAUACAUCUCAUAAUGAAAAAUAAUAAUCUGUAAAUUAGAGAGAAUAAGAAGGCUUUAAUUUUCAAUAAACAUCACAUAAUCUAUAAGAAUUAAUUACUCCAACUGAAGGAAUGUGUUAGGAAGUUUGA